CGUUCAUCGGCUCUUCAGGUUUCCAUCCGAGCGUUCUUCCGUCCGCCGAAGAAGACGAAGGAGCAGAAAAGUCUGCUUGGAAGAGGAUGUCGGGAAGAGGCAAAGGCGGAAAGGGUUUAGGCAAGGGCGGAGCGAAGAGGCACAGGAAGGUUCUGAGGGACAACAUCCAGGGCAUCACGAAGCCGGCGAUCCGGCGACUGGCUCGCAGGGGAGGCGUGAAGCGCAUCAGCGGCCUCAUCUAUGAGGAGACGAGAGGCGUUCUCAAGAUCUUCCUCGAGAACGUCAUCCGCGACGCGGUCACCUACACGGAGCACGCUCGCCGAAAGACGGUCACAGCCAUGGACGUCGUCUAUGCCCUCAAGAGGCAGGGCCGUACCCUCUACGGCUUCGGCGGAUAAGCUUCUCUCUCCCGUCAAGAGGCUUGCGUUUCGUCUUUGUGCGAAUUUCUUGCAUAGGUUUUUGGGGGAUUUGGGGCCUGCUUAUGUGAAUAUCAUCAGGGGAUGACUUGCCGGUGGUUCUAUUGUUCUUUCAUUUUUCUUUCACCUGUUGCACAUGGUAUCUUCAACAAUGCCGAAGAAAUGCAAACUAAUCCUUUCUCUUAUAA